UGUGUUUGAUCAUUCUUCAAUGGCUGUUCAAGCUCAAUACCCAUCUAACGCUCACCUCUUUAACAGAGCUGUGCAAGAACGAAAGAACCCACUUGGCAACGAUGAUUAUUCGUUGCAACCUCAACCUGGUGGAGGAUCAAUUCUUGAUCACACACAAAUGCUAUUCAAUCCAGGAGCUGGCUCUUAUCAUGCGUGUAAGAGAAGAAGAGAAGUUAGCACCACCACUGCAAUGAAUCCGUCAAUGCAAUCUCAGCCGCAGCUGAUUGACCUCACUCAGCUUCAUACAAAUCCGCAGCAACCAAAUGUUGUCUCCACCGGCCUCCGUUUAGCUUCCGGAGAACAGUUACAACAACAGCAUCAGCAACACCAAUUACAUCAACAGUAUCAGAAGCAGCAGCAGCAACAAAACCAACACUCUCUUUCUCCUCAAUCUUCUCAAUCAUCAGCUUUCUAUUCCAUAUUCACAGAAGACAUGUCUACUAUAAUCAAACAACACCGCGAUGAAAUUGAACAAUUCCUCCAUGUUCAGAGAGAACAAUUAAGACGGACAUUAGAGGAUAAAAGGCGAACACACUAUCGUGCUCUGAUUGAAACCGCCGAGGAAUCAAUGGCACGGCAGCUGAAGGAAAAGGAAGCCGAGGUUGGAAAAGCGGUUCGGCGCAACGCUGAGUUAGAGGCGCGUGCAGCGCAGCUGAGUGCAGAGGCGCAAGCCUGGCAGGCAAGGGCUAGAGCGGAGGAAUUCACCGCAGCAACGCUACAGGCACAGCUGCAGCAGGCGAUGAUGAACGGCGGAGGGUGCAAUGCGAACCUCCCGGACGGAGACAUCGCCGGCGCCGGCGAAGCUGAGGAUGCUGAAUCGGCUUACAUCGAUCCGGAUCGAGUCGUGGAGUCAACCGGGCCGAGUUGCAAGGCUUGCCGGAAGCGAGCUGCGUCGGUGGUGCUUUUGCCGUGCCGCCAUUUGUGUGUGUGUACAGAUUGUGACGCUGUGGUACAAGCAUGUCCACUCUGUCUCUCCAUUAGAAACUCGAGUGUUGAAGUCUUCCUGUGUUAGAAAAGCCCAAUCUUUGGCCCAUUUAUUUGCAGCCCAGGCCCAAAUAUCAUGAACUAAGAAAAAGAUUUAUUAACUAUUGUAUUCAUGGUACUUUUAAGUAAAAAAAAAUGAAUAUAAAAGAAAAGAUAAAAAAAAAAAAUUAUAUAUCUCUUUAUUCAAAA